CUGUAGGCGGGUCGGUUCGGCGCGCAGUCCGAGGUUCCUGUGGCUAGAGUGGAACGGGAAGGGCUGUGCGCUCUUCCUGUAGCUUCCUCCUGAGGUCCUGAGACCUGCAGUGCUGGGAACGAGAGAGGGCGGGCGUGGAGAGCCUCUGCGUGGAGCUGCGUAACACCGCUCAGAAGCCUGUGGAUUAAGAUGUACGGAAAGUAACUGACAUUCUUAGUUUAGUAAAGAUAUGAGUGAUCUCAGUGAAGAAUUGACGAGGCCUGUGACAGAGGAUGAGCAAGUGGAAACGUCUGUGCUCUCUGGUACAGGAAUGCAUAUUCCUUGGCUUCAAAAGCGUAUAGAAACUGUAGUGACUGGAGGAAAAAAGAAGAAGGAUUUUGCUCAGACAACAAGUGCAUGUUUAAAUUUUAUCCAAGAAGCUCUACUGAAGCACCAGUGGCAGAAAGCUGCAGAGUACAUGCACAGUUAUUUUCAGACCUUGGAAGAUUCAGAUAGCUACAAAAAGCAGGCUGCACCUGAGAUUAUUUGGAAGCUUGGAAGUGAAAUUCUAUUUUAUCAUCCCAAGAGCAACGUGGAGAGUUUCAAUACCUUUGCUGACCGGAUGAAAAAUAUUGGCGUCAUGAAUUACUUAAAGAUCUCCUUGCAACAUGCAUUGUACCUUCUGCAUCAUGGAAUGUUUGAGGAUGCCAACAGAAAUCUAAGUGAGGCAGAGACAUGGAGAUAUAGUGAGAAGUCGUCUUCCCAGGAAAUAUUAAUCAAUCUUAUUCAAGCCUAUAAAGGGCUUUUGCAGUACUAUACUUGGUCUAAAAAGAAGAUGGAAUUGUCAAAGCUUGAUAAGGAUGACUAUGCUUAUAGCACAGCAACCCGAAAUAUGCUCAACCACAGCUGGAAGACAUCUGUAAAUCUUUGUGCGUUGAUUCAAAUUCCUGGAGUUUGGGACCCUUUUGUGAAGAGUUAUGUAGAGAUGCUGGAAUUCUACGGUGAUAAGGAUGGAGCCCGGGAGGUGCUCAGCAAUUACGCCUAUGACGAGAAGUUCCCUGCAAAUCCAAAUGCCCAUAUCUACUUAUAUGAUUUUCUAAAGAGAGAGAAGGCACCGAGAGAAAAACUGCUAAGUGUGCUUAAGAUUUUGCAUCAGAUUGUACCAUCUCAUAAGCUAAUGUUAGAAUUUCAUACAUUACUUAGAAAAUCAGAAAAAGAAGAACACCAUAAACUGGCAUUGGAGGUGUUAUUUGGAGUCUUAGAUUUUGCUGAAUGCACUAAGAACAUAACUGCUUGGAAAUAUUUGGCAAAAUAUCUGAGACAGACCUUAAUUGGAAACCACCUUGCAUGGGUUCAAGAAGAGUGGAACUCCAGGAAAAACUGGUGGCCAAGCUUUCACUUCAGCUACUUUUGGGCAAAAAGUGAUUGGAAGGAAGAUAAAGCUUUGGCUUAUGAGAAAGCUUUUGUAGCAGGAAUACUGUUAGGAAAAGGAAGGAAAGUGGAGUCGUCAGAGAUGAAGUCACUUGCCGAGGUCACAACUAGUAGGUGUUGGCACCAGGACCCAAACCCAAUCAGUGUGGUUCUGAAGAUCAGACUCUGAGGUGCUGUGUGCACUGACUGCCUCUCAGUCUACUCAGUGCCCACUGCAUGCAGAGCACUGAGCCAGGUAGCAAGGAAAGGAAGGAAUAGAGGACAUCCAUACCCCAGCGACUGCUGGCUCAGGCAGAACCUCUCCUCUCUCUCAGGCUUGUUUGGCUCCCUGCUUUGUGUGCUCACUGGUUCCUGUACAGCCUUUUAUCAAAGCACCACAUUGUCUUUGAAACUUUAUCUUUCUUACUAGCAUGUCAUCUAGGCUUAAUCAUCUCCAUAUCACCAACGACUAACAAAAUUUCUAGUUUAUUAAAUAAUUAACUGAGUUGUACUGAAAGAAAAGUUAUGAAAGUUAUUGAGCAAGUGUGCCUAUCCCAUAGGAAGUAAUAUCUUGGCAAGUUUAUGCCAAGAGUAGGGCCUCGGGAAACUGCUGGGUUUGGAUCCUGGUUUCUCAUUCGGUGUUACUGUGACUUCUUGAGCUCUCUUAGUUUAUUCAUCUGUAGAAUGGAGACAAUAGGAUUUAUCUGACUGGAUUUCUAUGAAGAAUAAAAGAUGCCCUGCCCCUGGCUGCAACCAGGCAAGCCAGGAAGCAUGCCCAGGGUCCUGAGGCCAGGACUGUGGGCCAUCCCACCCCUGCCCGCAAGAAUAUCUUAGAAUGCAUUU